GCGAUCCAAGCCCUCUAUCGAAAACGGCCUUAUCGAUAGUACUGAUGAAAAACGUUCAUCUAACCCUGCAACCAUCAAUACCACUCUUUCUAAUUCCAACUUGGCUACUCCCGUGUACUCGUCCAGCAAGACGCUCAUUGCCGAACCAAAUACCUCUGCUCCUAUAGACGAAAAGCCAAACUGUAUUCCACAAUACAAGUCUCAAGAGCACAGUCCGCAUCUAGACGAUGAUGAUGCAUACACUCUCCGAAACCAUCGCAUGUCUUUUUCUGAACUUAACCUGGAAAGAGCCUUUUCGUCCUUUUCCAUGUCGGACCUUGAACAGACUCAUGAAUCUAGAAUCUCCAUCAAUGACUCUGUCUCUCCACCAACCCUUCCACAUCCUAAAAGAUCGUCUGGAUUUCAACCUUUUGGAUCUUGGUCACGGGCUCUCACGGAAGGCAUUCCAACUACAGAUUCUAAACGAGACUCAACUCUGACGACAUCAUCUCUCCGCACGGAUUCUCGUCUUGCUUCGCACUCUUGUAUUCCUUUACAAUUCGAACGCAACGCUUCUCACUUGGCAGAUCUCAUGACCUCGGGUCGUGAGGGCACAUUCUACGCAACACACGUUACCCAAUCCUACCAUGCCGAGCAGGAGGACGAGCUGGAUAUGGAGCAAGGCGAUUUGGUACAUGUCGUUCGUGUGUUUGAAGAUGGAUGGGGAAAAGGUCGUAAUGCAACGACUGGAAAAACUGGCAUUUUUCCAGUAGUGUGUUUGGCUGUACAAUAGACCACUCUGUUUAUACAAUGCAAUGGUGGAUUGGGAUGUCAAUCCUACAGCUUCACCCUUGUGCAUGAUUGUUAUUUUAUUUUACAUAUCAAGUAUAGGCCUUUACCAUGAAUUACAGCCGUAUUCAUGUAGCUCUUGUAUUUAUCUUGCAGUCACUAGUUUGUUUUGGAAUAGACAAUGGUCGAAUGUUAUGCUUUCCUGCUAGAAAUUGACUGGUUCAAUAGACAUUCUCAAUUCUUCAAAACACACCGUCCAUCAUAGGAUGCAUGACAAAAUUAAACUAUUUUUGAACGG